AUGACCACCUCCGACAUUCCCACGCCCUCGCCCUCGCCCUUGCCGGCAAUUGGCAGCGGCGACAUGAGCAGCUACAGCUUCCCCGCCGCGCGGCUCCAACGCACGCUCACCGACCCCUCAAAGACCCCGCUGGUGGUCGUGGCCUGCGGCUCCUUCUCCCCAAUCACACACAUGCACCUGCGCAUGUUCGAGAUGGCCGUCGACCAUGUCCGACAGAACAUGAGCGACGUCUAUGAGGUCGUCGGCGGGUACAUGAGCCCCGUUAGCGACUACUACAACAAAGCCGGUCUUGCCAGCGCCGCGCACCGUGUCCGGAUGUGCGAGCUCGCAUGCGAACAGACCUCCGACUGGCUCAUGGUCGACCCCUGGGAAGCCAUGCAGUCCAGCUACCAGCCCACCGCCAAGGUCCUCGACCACAUCAGCCACGAGAUCAACACCGUCCUCGGCGGCAUCCGCACCUCCCCCACCGGCGACGAGCACCGGCCCGCGCGCGUCAUGCUCCUCGGCGGCUCGGACCUGCUGCAGACCAUGUCGCAGCCCGGCGUCUGGUCCAAGGAGGACCUCGACCACAUCCUCGGCCUCUACGGCAUCUUUGUGAUUGAGCGCAGCGGCUCCGCCGUGUCGGAUGCGCUGGACCCGCUGCGCGAGUGGAGCGACGAGUUGGGGCGCGAUUGGGUCGGCAAUAUUCAUAUCGUCAGACAGCUCAUUGCGAAUGAUAUCUCGAGUACGAGGAUUAGGCAGUUUCUGAGAUGGGGCAUGAGCGUGCAUUAUUUGCUCCCGAAUGUGGUCAUUGAGUACCUGAGGGAGCAUGGCCUGUACAGGGAGGAGCCGCCGAGGGAGAAGGAGAAGGAGAAGGAGAAGGGGAAGGAGCGGGCGGACUCGUCGUCGGCGGCGGCGACGUCGUGA